AUGAGCCCGAUUGACCCAUUUGAAGACACGAAUCCAAGGACUCGCUUCGCAGCUUCACCUCAACCCUCCCCAUAUCCCCGUUCCCAUCAAUCUUAUCCACCAGUACCUUAUCAAGCGUUGAGUUACGAUGAUGCCGGUGAUAUGGGAUAUGGUGGGAGGACGGCUGGUGGAGUAGAGAUCAAUGGACAGCAUAUGCCCUGGGUCGCAGGUGAAGAUGAAGAUGAGCUAAAGCCUUUGACUUCCGACGCAAACGCAUCUACAGCGUUGUUUCAUCCACAUGAUGCUUACAAUCGACCGCCAUCAAGCAAUUCUGUCGGUGCCGAUUUUAUGAGACGUCAGACUUUACCUAGAAGAGGGAUUACCGUGAAGAAGAUAAGGUUGACCAAGGGUAAUUUCAUUGCAGACUAUGCAGUGCCAGGUCCAGUGUCAAGCUCAGUCGAGGAUAAAUGGCUUAUUGGAAACAAAUCAAACGAGUUCUCUCAUAUGCGAUACACGGCUGCUACUUGCGAUCCCGAUGACUUUACUCCUGAGAACGGUUGGAAACUCAAGACAGCUUCAUACAACAGGGAGACGGAACUGUUGAUCGCAAUCACGAGCUAUAACGAGGACAAGAUCCUCUACGCUCGAACGUUGCAUAAUGUGAUGAUAAAUAUCCGGGAUAUCUGCAACACCAAAGCAUCAAAAUUUUGGCGAAGAACAGCUGAAGAAGGUCGACCUGGAUGGCAGAGGAUUGUCGUCGCUCUUGUGGCGGAUGGUUUAGGACCUAUGGACAAGCAAGUGCUGGAUGUGCUUCAAACCAUCGGAGUCUUUCAGGAUGGUAUUCUUAAAAAAGAGGUGGAUGGAAAACCUACAGCGGCUCAUAUUUUCGAGUAUACCACUCAAUUGUCCAUUGACGCGACCCCUCAACUUGUCCAACCACAUCCUGGAGAUGCCAACAAUCUCGUACCUGUCCAGAUGAUAUUCGUAUUGAAAGCUGAAAAUUCGAAAAAGAUCAACUCCCAUCGAUGGUUGUUCAAUGCUCUAGGCAAACAACUCAAUCCAGAGAUCUGUGUCUUACUUGAUGCUGGUACUAAACCUGGACAUAAAGCGAUCUAUCAUUUGUGGGAGGCGUUCUACAAUAACCCAAACCUUGGAGGAGCAUGUGGAGAGAUACACGCAAUGAUCAAAGGCGGAAAGAAGCUGUUCAAUCCCCUUGUUGCCGCGCAGAACUUUGAGUACAAAAUGUCAAAUAUUCUAGACAAACCUCUCGAAAGCAGUUUUGGGUACGUGAGCGUGCUGCCCGGUGCAUUCUCCGCAUACAGAUUCCGAGCUAUCCAAGGCAGACCUCUAGAGCAGUACUUUCAUGGUGAUCAUACCAGGCAUCUACGGGAUGAAUAUUUUUACCAAAAACAUGUUCUUGGCAGAGGAUCGGUACGUAUCACCUUUGACCUUUGCCCGCUGACAUCAACUAGUAUCCUUUGUUUCGAGCUGGUCGCCAAAGCAAAAGAUAAAUGGGUAUUGCAAUAUGUAAAACCAAGUAAAGCGGAGACGGAUGUGCCUGAGCAAGCUGCUGAAUUAAUCAGUCAGAGAAGAAGGUGGUUGAACGGUUCUUUUGCUGCUUCAGUGUACAACUUCUUCAAUCUUAUAUUCUCUUGGUUUGCUCUCGCGAACUUGUGGCUUACCUUCUCAAUCAUCAUCAACCUUGUUCCCAGUGGAUCAAAGAUCAAUCUUUUCGUCACUGAGGAAGUUACAUAUUGGGUAAACCUCGUCCUCAUGUGGAUCUACAUGGCUUUCUUGAUGCUUCAGUUCGUUCUGGCCCUGGGCAAUCGGCCCAAGGGAGAAAAGGGGUUAUAUCUACUCACGCUAUGGGUCUUCGCUGUUCUUGCUGCGUAUCUUGUCGUUUGUUCGGUCAUCUUGUCCGUUGUCGCAUUUAAAGGCGCUCUGAGCGAUCCCGGUAACAUCGGUCAGAAGUUGGGCAACCUUUUCAACGCUACAAACGGUGUUCUGGUCGCCGCAGUGAUGUCAACAAUCGGUAUAUACCUCUUUGCUUCGUUCUUAUACCGAGACCCUUGGCACAUGUUCAGCUCCUUCCCGCAGUAUCUUCUCCUGGCCCCGUCAUUUACGAAUGUCCUCAAUGUUUACGCGUUCUGCAAUCUGCACGACGUCUCCUGGGGUACGAAAGGGUCUGACAAAGCAGAGGCUCUCCCUGCUGUAUCCUCAAGCAAAGAGAAAGGAGGCGCCAUCGUGGAAGAACCACAGAGAAAUCAGCAGGAAUUAGAUGAAUCGUUCAGAUCUGUCGUACAAAGAGCCGUUGCACCUUUCAAGAACGACGAAAAGGAAGAGAAACCUAGUAUGGAUGACGAGAACCGUACGUUCCGAACUCGUCUGGUUGGAUUUUGGCUCCUCUCCAAUGCAGCUUUAGCAAUUUCGAUCCAAACCUUGAACGGUCUCGAUACCACCAAACAAUUUGUCGAAAAGUGUUUACCAGCCGAUUUCGAUCCUUAUUCUGGUAACGUCACCGUGCCAAUUAACGGAACUUGUAUUGAAAGUGCUUUGAGAUUCAAUCAAGAUGAAUUGCAAGAUAAACAACAGUUCUACUUUCAAUACUUACUAUGGGCCACCUUUGGUCUCAGUAUGGUCAGGUUUCUCGGAUGCCUAUACUACUGGACCACUAGACAAUUGGGAAGAUGUUGCCGAAGGAAUUAG